CUGUGUGAGCAGGUGGACAAUGAGCAUCACGGACGUCCUCAGUGCGGAUGACAUCGCGGCGGCCCUGCAGGAGUGCCAAGACCCAGAUACUUUCGAACCUCAAAAAUUCUUCCAGACAUCAGGCCUCUCCAAGAUGUCGGCCAGUCAGGUGAAGGAUGUUUUUCGGUUCAUAGACAACGACCAGAGCGGAUACCUGGAUGAAGAAGAGCUUAAGUUUUUCCUGCAGAAGUUUGAGAGCGGUGCUAGAGAGCUGACUGAGUCAGAAACCAAGUCCCUGCUGGCGGCUGCAGACAAUGACGGAGAUGGAAAAAUUGGGGCCGAUGAAUUCCAGGAAAUGGUACAUUCUUAG